GAUGGGUGGUACAAUAAUUUGGCAGAUCACGAUCGAGGGGCUGCAGAUGCAGCACUGGUCCGUCUCUUUCCGGCGCAGUACACAGAUGGCGUUUAUCUGCCCCGACAGGAACCGCACCUGCCCAACCCCCGCCAGAUAAGCAACAUAGCAAUGAGUGGCCAAUCUGGUCUCAUGUCCUACAGGAACAGCAGCGUUCAGUCUGUGGCCUUCGGUUACCAUGUGUGGUCUGAGAUCUCAGAAACACGAAGACCUGGUUGCCCACCUGAGUUCAUGCAUAUUAAAGUCCAAAAAGAAGAUCCCGUCUUUGGCUCUAACUCUUCACAGCCGGUCCUGCUUCAGUUCCAGAGAGCAGAGUGGGAUCCGAGCACGGGCAAAAGUCCCAACAAUCCCCGCACACAGGUGAACCACGUGACAGCAUGGAUAGAUGGCAGCUCCAUCUAUGGAUCGUCCAGCUCAUGGUGUGAUGCCUUGAGAACGUUUUCCAAAGGACUGCUGGCGUCAGGCUCCUCAAAGGACAUGCCCCGGCGCAGCAGCAGCGGUUACCUCAUGUGGAGCGCGCCGGACCCCAGCACCAGCCCCGGCUCACAGGAGCUCUACGAGUUCGGGAAUGCCUGGGCCAAUGAGAACAUCUUUACGGUCACUGAGGGAAUUAUUUGGUUUCGUUACCACAACUACCUGGCCUCCAAACUGCAUGAGGAACACCCCUUUUGGUCAGAUGAAGAGCUUUUCCAAAAUGCCCGAAAGAGGGUUAUUGCCACAUUUCAGAAUAUUGCAUUCUAUGAGUGGCUGCCGGCCUAUCUUGGAACUCCAGUGACUCCCUAUCCAGGUUACCAGAAAUAUGUUGAUCCAGGGAUCUCUGCUGAGUUUGAAGCUGCUGCUGUGAGGUUUGGACUGACUCUUCCUCCACCUGGUGUAUAUAAAAGAAACAGGACAUGUCACUACAAAAGUGCUGUGAACAGCGACGCAAGUAAAUCUCCUGCCCUGCGUCUAUGCAACACCUUCUGGAACCGAAAUAACCCAAACCUGCAGUCCAGUCAGGAUGUGGAUGAGCUAAUAAUGGGCAUGGCUUCUCAGAUCGCUGAGCGAGAGGACAACAUCAUUGUGGAGGAUUUGAGAGACUACAUGUACGGCCCCUUGCGGUUCUCACGCUCUGAUGCAGUGGCUUUGACCAUCCAGAGGGGGCGUGAUUUUGGGCUGCCCAGUUAUAACCAGAUCAGAGAGAGCCUCAACAUGCGGCCGGUCAACAGCUGGGACGAGAUCAACCCUAAACUGAAAAACACACAGCUGUUAAGGAAGCUUGUAGAGUUAUAUGAGAAUGAUAUCUCCAGACUUGAGCUAUUUGUGGGCGGCCUGCUAGAAUCACAGGAAGGACCAGGUCCAGUGUUUUCCACCAUCAUCCUGGACCAGUUUGAACGCAUAAGGAACGCUGAUCGCUUCUGGUUUGAGAACAUACAAAAUGGGUUGUUCACUGAGGAGGAGAUCCAAGCUAUACGUAACACCACAUUUCAUGAUGUCCUUCUGGACGUUACCAGUGCAGAGGAGGGUGACAUUCAAAAGAAUGUGUUCUUCUGGGUGAACGGUGAUCCCUGCCCCCAGCCUCAGCCAAUCAGAGCCUCUGAUCUCCACCCCUGCACAAACGCCUCCUCUAUGAGUUACUUUGACAACAGCAGCAAAGCUGGGUUUGGAGUAACGGUGGUGGUGCUCUUCCUGUUUCCUGUUGUAAGCUACAUAGUAGCUUGUGUAGUUGCUCGUGUCCGGACAGCCAGAUACAAACGAUUCCAAAAGAAGCUCAGAGGUUCUACCACAGACCAGAAACCUGCACAUGAAACUGUUGCCAAAGAGUGGUUGGGGCACAAUGCAGCACCCCGACAAGUCACACUUGCGUUCAACGAGAAGAAAGUAUUCCAGACCUUUGAUGAAAACGGCUCUCUUCUCAGUUCUCACAGCUUGUGCAAUCAAGACCACCUGAAUGUGUUAAUAUCCAAUGACCACCAGCAUCGUGCUCUGCUCUUGAGGAUCCCCAAAGAGUAUGAUCUGGUUUUGUUCUUUGAGGAUGUUGGACAGAGGUCAAAGUUCCUGAGUCACCUGCGCUCUGAGCUGGAGGGCAAAAUUCAGAAUCUGACCGUGAUGGAAAUGAGUGAGAAAGAGCUUCUUAGAGAUGCAGUGACCAGAACACAGAGGGAAAAGAUUGUGGAGACGUUUUUCAAGCACGCUUUUUCAAAGGUCUUGGACAUUGAUAAAAGUGAUGCAGGAGACUUGAGCAACAGGACCAGAGAAGCUUUACAGUGUGAGCUCACACGAGCUGAAUUCGCCAGUGUGCUCGGCCUGAAGCCUGACUCGCUCUUUGUAGAGUCCAUGUUCACACUGGCUGACAAGGAUGGAAAUGGAUACCUUUCAUUUCAGGAGUUCCUAGAUGUUAUUGUCAUUUUCAUGACAGGUACUCCCGAGGAGAAGUCUAAGCUUUUGUUUUCAAUGCAUGACAUUAAAGGAGAUGGCUUCUUGUCCAAGGAAGAGUUCACGUCCUUACUCAGGUCUUUCAUUGAUAUCUCUGGAAGUGCUCUAUCUAAGAGUCAGGCUGAUGAUGGCAUAGCAGCCAUGCUUCAGGCAGCUGGUCUGUACAACAAAGAUUGCUUCUCCUGGGAGGACUUUCACUUUCUGCUGCGAGACCAUUCAGCUCAACUCAGUAUUAAAGGCAUGGAAGUACUCGGUAAGAAAAAACUAGCCAGACAACAGCGAGUAUCUUUCAUUAAGAAAAAUAGUCCUUCAACAGUGGAAGAGCUUACUCACAGGCCUGAGGGGGAGCAAGACCAGGAACUUCGUCAAAGACAGACCAAGAAAACUGGACAAAGCAACCCGAAAGUGUACGUGAGGCCUCAGAGAGAGCGCUACAACAGGAACGCAGUGCAGCAAUGCAUCCAGCAGUUCAAACGCUUCAUAGAAAACUACAGAAGACAUAUCAUUUGCAUAGUCGUUAUAUACGGGAUCACAGCUGGACUAGCACUGGAAAGAUGUUUCUAUUAUGGUUUACAGGCCCAUGCCAGUGGCAUCCCAGAGACCUCCAUGGUGGGUGUGCUCGUGUCUCGCGGUUCUGCGGCCGCGAUCUCCUUCCUGUUUCCCUACAUGCUCCUCACUGUGUGCCGUAACCUGAUAACCAUGUGCAGAGAGACUUUUCUCAACAGAUACAUCCCAUUCGAUGCGGCCAUUGACCUUCACCGUCACAUGGCUAUGACUGCUGUCGUCCUCUCAGGUCUGAGCUUCCAAUGAAAUGGACCUUCUGGUUUUUCAAGACAGUUCCUGGUCUCACUGGGGUUCUUUUGCUAUUGAUUUUUGCCUUUAUGUAUGUCUUCGCCUCACACUAUUUCAGACACAUCAGCUUCAGAGGAUUCUGGAUCACACACCACCUAUAUGUGCUCGUCUAUGUCCUG